AUGAUUGAGAAUGUAAUUCACCGAGACAACUGGCAAGACUACCUUGGUCAAUCUAAACAGUACCGAUCGUAUCUUUUGUUUUUUGAAAACGAAGCAGGUCGUGUGGGCUUGAACGCGGUACUGGAAGAGUACUUUUACCAUCAAAGGUUGCAACAGUCCAUAGGCGGCCAACUUCAGCCCCUCGUCCACACGGUGUUUGGGAUUCAACGCGGGUUUCCGGAGCUUGUCAUUCAGGGAUUAGCUCACCUUGCAAGCUCCUAUAUUGAUGUCAGUGACUGGCUCGAUGAUCGCUUGUCGCCUUUGCAAGCGUAUAAAGAUGACCAUCUACCCAAUAUCCUGUUUGAUCUGGUGCAGGCGGAUCCCCGGUUUUCCGGUCGCAUUGAUGGGUACGAUACAUUUGACGAAGCACUCAAGAUCCUUUUGAAAAGCAAGAAAGAACUGCUCCAAAUCUAUGUCGCCGAAGCCGCCAAACAUCCAUACGACAUCCGUGAUCUGUGUUCUUUGGCUCUUUGUUUGAUGCAACCCUCAAGUCACCAGACACUCGAUUAUCAUCUCAACGACGGCCAACUGGUCGAAUCUUGCCUAGCAAUUCAAACUUUGAAGGAAUACCAAGGAGACGUCAACCAGCUGUUGCAGCUGCAAUUUCUGGUGACAUUAUGCAUCUAUCUCUUGCAAGAACGUCCCACUCCUCCUCCUCCUCCUUCUCCUUCUUGUGAUGUAGCUGACUCUUCAAUAUUGCCGUGGGAUGUGUGCAUUGACAACAUCCUAUCCUCCCGUGAUGCCAACGCCAUCUUGGCUUUGCGCAGCGUUACCAAAGCCCAGGAUUUGCUGGAUAAUUCAUGGAACAAAACCUCCAGUAUUGCCACGGGUCUGGCCCGAUUUGUGGAUGAGCAGGGGGUGUGGAUCAAAAAGAAAUAAACAAGUUUUGUAUACAGAUCAACAUGAUGUGUGAUGUACAUGUCUUGUUUCAAAAUUUUAUUUACAGUAUCGAUCAGCCUUCACCUUUGCACGACGAUCAAGCAUGGCUUCUGCGGCGCGGCCUUCUUGCCU